CAUCUCUGAAGUCAAGCACAACUAUUUUCCAAUACUGCUAGAGAGAGAAAAAGAGAGCAAAACCGGCUGAAUCUCUUGCAAGAUGUCGCUGCUUACAGAUCUCAUCAACCUCAAUAUCUCUGAAUCAACUGAGAAGAUCAUUGCCGAAUAUGUUUGGAUUGGUGGCUCUGGUAUGGACCUCAGAAGCAAAGCUAGGACCCUUCCCGGCCCGGUUAGCGAUCCUUCUCAGCUUCCCAAGUGGAACUACGAUGGAUCUAGCACAGGCCAAGCCCCCGGAGAGGACAGUGAAGUGAUCCUAUAUCCUCAGGCAAUUUUCAGGGAUCCAUUUAGGAGGGGAAACAACAUUCUGGUGAUCUGUGAUGCGUACACACCGGCUGGGGAGCCUAUUCCAACGAACAACCGGCACAAGGCAGCCAAGAUUUUCAGCCAUGCUGAUGUUGUUGCUGAGGUUCCAUGGUAUGGUAUCGAGCAAGAAUACACGCUGCUGAAGAAGGAAGUUAAGUGGCCUCUUGGAUGGCCCGUUGGUGGUUUCCCCGGACCUCAGGGACCUUAUUACUGUGGAAUUGGAGCUGACAAGGCCUUCGGGCGUGACAUCGUUGAUGCACACUACAAGGCCUGCCUUUAUGCCGGAGUCAACAUCAGUGGGAUCAACGGAGAAGUGAUGCCUGGCCAGUGGGAAUUCCAAGUCGGACCAUCUGUUGGCAUUUCAGCUGGAGACGAGGUUUGGAUAGCUCGUUACAUAUUGGAGAGGAUCACCGAGAUUGCUGGAGUCGUUGUGUCCUUCGACCCCAAGCCCAUUGAGGGUGACUGGAAUGGGGCUGGUGCUCACACCAACUACAGCACCAAGUCCAUGAGGGAAGAAGGAGGCUAUGAAGUCAUCAAGAAGGCCAUUGAGAAGCUCGGGCUGAGGCACAAGGAGCACAUUGCUGCCUACGGGGAGGGCAACGAGCGUCGCCUCACUGGAAAACACGAGACUGCUGACAUCAACACCUUCAAAUGGGGUGUUGCUAACCGCGGUGCAUCCAUCCGUGUGGGGCGUGACACGGAGAAAGAUGGGAAGGGCUACUUUGAGGACAGGAGGCCGGCUUCCAACAUGGACCCGUACGUCGUCACCUCAAUGAUUGCGGAGACCACCAUCCUUGGCAAGCAGUGAAGAGUUGGGAAAGAAGGGAUUCUGUUUGCUUCACAUUAUAUAGCAUAGUUUUUCAGUCGUUCUCUUGUUUUACUGUUACGGAACAUCAGUUUUAGCUUAGUCAGGCUGUGAGGCUGUGUUCAUGCCUGAUUGAGAUCAUUGGUGUUAAUAAUUUCUGUGAGGGUUGAAUUUCCUUCACUUGGAAAUUCAACAAACAGUUUCUUUGAAAUCUGCUUUGGUCAGAGUUUUAUGUUAUGCUAUGUUUGGUCUUA